GGGGAGGAAGCGGGAAAGUGGGAGAGGGGGUCCUGGGGCCCGCAGGGGCUCCCCGCGGUCCACGGAACCAGAAUCCCCAUGUGGGCCCAGCCUCCCCGUGCCUCUCUGUGUGCUCCCCCGGGGGUCAAAAAGAAAGAGGAGGCAGCCAGGACGAGAAGGAGCUGGGGUGGGUGGCCCAGUCAGAGCUCUUCUUCCCACCCUCCUGAGACACCCCCCGCCCGCCUUCCCAGGAUGCAGCAGGAGGGGGAGCCCCCGAGCUCCUCCGCCCUGGGCACCCCCAGCAUGCACAGGGAAGCAGGAGCCCUCCUUGCAGACCUCGAGACCUCAGAAGAGACCCAGGCUUGGAGCCUGUGCAGGCCCAACAAGUCCUCGAAGCAGUACCUGCGCCAGGUGGUAGCAGAGUAUGAAACGCUGGACCGAGAGCUCCCGUGCAUCCGGAAGUUCCUCACGCCCCCCGCUGCCCAGCCCCUCUGCCUGUGCCUGGAGAGCUCGCCUGAGCAGGACCUUACCCACCUAGAGGUGCUGGAGGCGCUGCAGGCCGAACUACCUGGGGCCAUGGAGAGCGGCAGCGUGAGCAGCAUCCGCUUUGAGAACAUGAACGUCAUCUGUGGGACCGCGGGGCGCAGGAACCGGUGAGU